AUGGACAAUACAACUUACGAAUCAUUGCUGGCAUACUAUCAAAGUCAGGAUACAUCGUGGACCAACUAUCAAAAGCUACCUCACCCUAAAUCAGCGCGUAUCCUGCCUGCUUAUGCUCACAAAGUCGUUGGUUUGAUCAGCCAGUCUGGGAUGUGGUACAGCAAGAAGGGCACUUCCAACAUGGUCAAGGUGGAACAUAACGAUAAGGUUUCUUGGGGUGUUGUGCUGCACAUUUUCGAAUUGUUUGAAUCAAAAGAUAGGAUUGUGAUGGUGAGAUGGCUGAAAAAGAAGGUCAAUCCGCUCCUUGAUCCAAUCAUGGAUUGGUUGGGGUGGGUUCACCUGGUUUGCACGGUGAAGACCGAUUUUGUUUCAGCAUCACAAAUCCUAUGCACACUCUUUCACCGGGCGCUACCUGCUUGGAGUCUGGGUUCACAGAGCCCUAGCUUACUCCUUAUUGACUUCAACCCUGGGGACUACAACUCAAUGGCAAAUGAAGACAUGGACAACGUUUAUAUGGCUAAUGCAGAGGAUCAAAUGGAUAUUGACUGA